AUGGGGAGUGUGAGCAGGGCCGGCCAUGGCAGCAGCAUGUGGGGAUUGCAUAUCCUGGUGCUCUCUUCAAGGAGCAUCAAAAUAUCCUGUCUGCCUCCUGCGUUGGACAUCUUGUUGGAAAUUAAUGUGCAACCUCUCCAUGAUGCAAGCAGUGUUUCGUUCUUCAGCUUUGCUUGGUUGGUUAUCUUGCUGCCCGUGAUAGAGGAUGGAUCAGGGAAUGCUUUUAUAAGGUGUUUAAAAGAAAAUGUAAUUAACUGGUUGUGUGCUUCUGUUGCAGCUCAAAUUGAAAUUAUUCCAUGCAAGAUCUGUGGAGACAAAUCAUCAGGAAUCCAUUAUGGUGUCAUUACAUGUGAAGGCUGCAAGGGCUUUUUCAGAAGGAGUCAGCAAAGCAAUGCUACAUACUCCUGUCCUCGUCAGAAGAACUGUUUGAUUGACCGAACCAGUAGAAACCGCUGCCAACACUGUCGAUUACAGAAAUGCCUUGCUGUGGGGAUGUCUCGAGAUGCUGUGAAGUUUGGUCGAAUGUCAAAAAAGCAGAGGGACAGCCUGUAUGCAGAGGUGCAGAAGCAUCGAAUGCAGCAGCAGCAGCGAGAUCAUCAGCAGCAGCCAGGAGAGGCAGAACCACUAACACCAACGUACAAUAUCACCACCAAUGGGUUAACAGAGCUACACGACGACCUCAGUAAUUACAUUGAUGGGCAUACCCCUGAAGGUAGCAAAGCAGACUCUGCAGUUAGCAGCUUCUACUUAGACAUACAACCUUCUCCAGAUCAGUCGGGUCUUGAUAUUAAUGGAAUCAAACCAGAACCAAUAUGUGACUACACACCAGCAUCGGGCUUCUUCCCUUAUUGUUCUUUUACAAAUGGGGAGACCUCUCCAACUGUGUCCAUGGCAGAAUUAGAACAUCUUGCACAGAAUAUUUCCAAGUCUCACAUGGAAACUUGCCAGUACUUGAGAGAGGAGCUACAGCAGAUAACAUGGCAGACUUUUCUGCAGGAAGAAAUUGAGAACUAUCAGAACAAGCAAAGGGAGGUAAUGUGGCAAUUAUGCGCAGUCAAAAUAACAGAAGCUAUACAGUAUGUAGUGGAAUUUGCCAAACGCAUUGAUGGCUUUAUGGAACUGUGUCAAAAUGAUCAAAUUGUGCUUUUAAAAGCAGGGUCUUUAGAGGUUGUGUUCAUCAGAAUGUGCCGUGCCUUUGACUCCCAGAACAACACAGUCUACUUUGAUGGCAAGUAUGCUAGCCCAGAGGUUUUCAAGUCCUUAGGUUGUGAAGACUUCAUUAGUUUUGUGUUUGAAUUUGGAAAAAGUUUAUGUUCUAUGCACCUGACAGAAGAUGAGAUAGCUUUGUUUUCUGCAUUUGUUUUAAUGUCAGCAGAUCGUUCAUGGCUUCAGGAGAAGGUAAAAAUUGAAAAACUCCAACAGAAGAUCCAGCUAGCACUUCAGCAUGUCCUACAGAAGAACCACCGAGAAGACGGAAUUCUAACAAAGUUAAUAUGCAAAGUGUCUACUUUAAGAGCACUGUGUGGACGACAUACAGAAAAGCUUAUCGCAUUUAAAGCAAUAUACCCAGACAUUGUACGACUUCAUUUUCCUCCACUUUACAAGGAGCUGUUCACUUCAGAAUUUGAGCCAGCAAUGCAAAUUGAUGGGUAAACGUAUCACCUAAGCACUUCUAGAAUGUCUGAAGUACAAACAUUAAAACAAAAGAAAGGAAAAGAAUUAAAAAAAAAGAAGAAAAAAAAAAGUAAAGAAAACCAAGACACUUUAUAUGGCCCUGCACAGACCUAGGGAGCCAACACACUGCACAUCUCUUGGCGGUCCGGGUCAGGCGAAGGAUGGGAAACAAUGAAACAAAGUUGAACUUGUUUUCUCAUGCAUAUGAUUUCCAUUUUGCCUACAAAUAUGGACCCUUUUUCUGUCUCAACUUCUCAAUCCUUGACCUCUGUUUACACAGACUGAGGGUACUAGUAUCAGAAGGUUGCUUUCUCUCGUAGUUCACUGCCCAGACUUCUGACAGAACAAUCAAUUUGUUGAUCAGAACCAGAGAGUCCACCUAGUAAUCAGUGACUGGUGUGCAUUGCAGAGAUUUAAGCAUCAGUUUGCACAACUUGCUCAUUGUUUCAUGAAGGACGAUUUUUUUCACCUACCACUGUUUGCCAGUAGACAGAACGGCAUGAAAAGGGUCCAUAGCAAUAGCAACAAUAGCAUUAUAAUAUAUUACAGGGUAAAUGGGCAUGAAGACUAUAUAUAGCAAAAGAGAUAUUGUUUAUAUAUUGUUUUAAUUAAUAUAAAAUGUAGUUACUGGUAUAGCUUUUCUUGUUGAAUUGAUAAGGCACUUUCAUUUUGCACCUUUUUCUUUAAAUUAAAUGCUAGCGUGUUCAUUGUUGUGUUGCAUGUGCACCAGAAAUUCAAGUUUAACUGAAAAAGGUUUUUGGCAGGUACUGGUACAUUGGGAGGUAUUUAUGCUGCUGUUUUCCAUGUUACUUUUAAGGAGAGGCUGGUCAUAUCCUGAAAUGGUUACACAGAUUUUAAAAAAAAAAAGAAAAAAGGAAAUUUUCUAAAUUAAAAUUAGAUGUUCAACUGUUAAUUUAGCAAGUAUUUUUCAUUUCAAAUCUUUCAAAUCUGGAUGUUUAAAAUUGCACACCUAGAUUCAGAUUUAGGCACAGCAAAAGCCUCAUUUUCUAAGGUGCUGAGUUUCUGUGAUCAAAUUAAGCAAUUUCAGAUCACUUACAGAUAGAAUAACGUGUCAUCCUUGAAAAUCAGGCUAGUAAAGUGUACAUCUUCCCACCAUAAAUCCAGAUUUGAAGGUAUUUACUCAAGUCUGUAUCUGCAGUAAAGUAUGUGUGUGACAUAUAUGUGGAAAGCCAAUUUUUAUACAUAAUGUUACAUACUUUUGUACUCCAUAUUGUAAACAAUGCAUUCAAAACUCCAAACUCUAUCCUAUCAAAAUUCAUAGGUUUAAUUUUGUUUUAGGUGAGAUUAGAACCCAUGUUCUUCAAACAUCCAGCAGUUCUAUUUAAAGUAGCUGAAUGGAGUGCUGACCAUUGCUCUCAUCAUUUACAUACAUGCACUUUAAAGUUUAACAGAUGAGGAAAGACUAAUAUAAAGUACGAUUCCCUGUAAAGUAACUGUCUCUGAGUAAACUUAGCAAGAUUAGAAAUUAAACCAAGUUCUGAAGGGAACAGAUCCACAGUGAACAAUAUCGCGAAAUAAACUGUGACUGUUUGAGCCCGAGGUUUGUAAUUGCUUUGGAUGAGAUGAGGAAAUACAACCAGGAGGCUUGUAGGCCUGUGUGCCUGCAAGAUUCUGAUGAAAUAUGUUGCAAGGAAAAGAAAAAAAAGAAGAAAAAAAAAAAAAGAAAUGUGCUCCACUGCUUUAAUUUCCAAAAGUAAUAGAUCUCUUACAUGUAGUCACUGAGAAGUAACACUGAACUGAAGAACAGAAGCACACUGAAGAGUAACUAUUUUAGAGGUAGAAUUAGGCUAGUAGUCUAAAACGGGAAGUUUUACUCUAUGAUUUGGAAAUUUUACCUUCGGGAUCAAAUUGAGCCACAGAACCACAACAUCUCUUAAAGUGUUUCAUCCUGGUGCUUGGCUCUCAUCCAUUUAUAUGGUUCAAAAUUGAGGAGAUGAACAUGGCAUCUCUACCCUUCAAAGCAGGUGGCCCUGGAGAAUGGCACAGAAACACCUGCACCUCUGUGAGUACCUGGAUGGAGGCACGAGUGGGCUUUUGGAAGCCAGCCUCUUGCUGCUCCAUCCUGCUGCUCCAAAGAGGCAGCUCACAGCCCUGCACACUGACUGCAUUCUCGCUGAUAGACCUUUCCUAGAAUCAUUGUUUACUUUAUUGGAGUAGCUGGCAUGAUACGGUACUUUGAUUCCAAUAUGUGCUCCAAUUUUUAAAACAAUCUUUUUAACAAACAGAUGUUUUCUGAAUAUGACCAGCCCUAGGUGCUAGUCCUUUAAAGAUCAACUAAACUUAAUUUCAGUAUCAACUAAUGAAUAAUGAGGUAAGAUUCAUACUUUUUUAGAGAGUAAGGUACAGCUCCUACUUUUGACAAUAAGUAGACUACCAGGCAAAAUACUUUGGGAUUAAUUUUCAGUCACAUCCUUUACUUAUCUAUUCCUGAUUAAUAUUACUACUUUAGCAGGCCUGUAGAUACCAGUGGUUUUGUUUGGUAUCUAAUUCAGAGUAUUUACACCCAUAAGUCAUUGACAACACAGAAUUUUGGAGUAUUUAAUAAUAAAACACAUAACUGUAGAAAGGUUCCACAUGGGGCCUUAGUUGAAAGCCUGUUGUAUCCAGGAUUGGCUUGUGACAUGAUCUUCCGUUCCAGGCUGUGCAGCACCGACGUGCUGUCAUUUUUGUCAAAGGGAGCUCCUGUGGACUACUAGCACCUUUUAAAAUCAGGCUGUGUGUACAUACCCCAGUAAGUCUGCUUUCCUGAACACAGCUAGCAGCCACUUGGCAAGAGACUAUUACUCGUUUCAUUUGCUUGGCAUAGAGAGGGGAAAAAGGGGAUACAGCAUGGCAGACAUAGUGAAAAGACUGCAGUUGCCUAUGAGGCAAAGGGGAUGUCAAAUAGCCUCAGAGUGGCUGGUCAGAAUGGCUGCCAUGGAAGAACCUGGUGCAGCAGUGGAAAUGCACUCUGCAGAACCUCUGCGACUAUGGCCUGGUGUCAGACAAUCAACACAAUAUUUAGUUAAAAAAGCAUAUUGGGAAUAUGUGGAUAUUGACACAAGUAUUUUCAUGAUCUGUCCAGCUGACAACAAACAAAAAUGUGAGGACAGCUGAAGACAAAGUAGUACUUUGCUUUUGAAUGAUUGUACGCUAGAGUCUGCGAAGAGAUUUUCAUUGGGUUUUCAUCUAUCCACAGAGAUGUUCCUGGGCUUUCUAGAAAAGAGGUAGUACAGUAUACUGUCAUUUGAACUACCCUAAUAUACUUCAACAUCUCUAACAUUGAUUGACUUUUAAAAACGAUGGGAUUAGGAGAAAAGGGAGGCUGUUCUUAAGUUUGGUUGCUCUUUAUUAAAGCUUAUCUAUCUUAGUAUGGAUACCAAGAUCUCUGUGUGUGUAUGUGCACCUACCUGUGUGUGAGAGAGAGUACCGUUGUGUGCGCACAUGAAUAUAUGUGUGGGUGUGUGUGAGUGGCUGCUUCUAGGCUGGUAAGUGUCAAUGGAGAAAAGAAAAUGUAUUCAAAAUACUUAAGUCAAAAAUAGAAGGUGAAAAAAGAUUUAUUCUAUACAAAGCCUUGUCUGGACCACUUUAGAGAGACUUCUAUUUUUUUAACCCUUCUAUAAAUAUUUGAUGGCACUUGAAAUAUUCCUGCAAUAAAAUGUGAUUUAGUGUAAACAUUAAAAAAAAAAAA